GGCCCAGCAGCCUAGAGCGCCUCCGUGUUAUGUGUGCCAUGGACUCAGCCCAGUAAUAUUGACAAUAGGGCGAAAAAGGGACUUAUAUUCCCUAAUAAAACAUAUUUUCUCUAUUAAAAUAACAUAUUAGCGCGGUGUGUGGAUAUUAAGAGAUACCCGGCGAUGUUCGUAUUUCAGCUGGAUCAUUUUCUAUCAUCGGCAAUUUGAGUGUUUGAUGGGAUUAUUGCUGUGGGUUUGGCAGUUUUUAAGGCCAAAAACAGAUUUUGUCUCUUUAUUUUUCUUUUUCUGCUGCUUCAAGAGGCCUUGAAGGAGGAAAGACGGUUAAAAACAUCCAAAUCAGCUCCUCACAUCGAAAACAUCAAGGGCUAUGUCCUCCGCAUCCACCACGCCUCCAUCAGUGGAUAAAGUAGACGGAUUUUCCCGGAAGUCUGUCCGGAAAGCCAAGCAGAAACGUUCUCAGAGUUCCUCACAGUUCCGCUCUCAGGGCAAACCAAUCGAACUCACACCUCUUCCCCUGCUCAAAGACGUCUCUGCUCAGGAGCAGCCGGAUUUGUUCCUGAAGAAACUUCAGCAGUGUUGUGCUUUGUUUGAUUUCAUGGACACUCUGUCAGACCUGAAGAUGAAAGAAUACAAGCGCUCAACCCUCAACGAGCUUGUCGAUUAUGUCACUGUCAGCCGAGGAUACCUCACAGAGCAGGCCUACCCCGAGGUCGUCAAAAUGGUAUCCUAUAAUAUAUUCCGAACUCUUCCGCCCAGUGACAGUAAUGAGUUUGAUCCGGAGGAGGAUGAACCCACCCUAGAGGCCUCAUGGCCACAUUUACAGCUCGUGUAUGAGUUCUUCAUUCGUUUUUUGGAGAGCCAGGAGUUUCAACCCAGCAUUGCCAAAAAGUACAUAGACCAGAAAUUUGUCUUACAGCUGCUGGAGUUGUUCGACAGCGAGGACCCGCGGGAGAGAGAUUACCUGAAGACAGUCUUACACAGAAUCUACGGAAAAUUCCUUGGACUAAGAGCUUUUAUACGAAAACAGAUUAAUAAUAUUUUUCUACGUUUUGUUUAUGAAACUGAGCACUUCAGUGGAGUGGCAGAAUUGUUGGAGAUUUUGGGAAGCAUCAUCAAUGGCUUCGCUCUGCCACUGAAGGCUGAGCACAAACAGUUUCUGGUGAAAGUUUUGAUUCCUCUUCACACCGUCAAGAGCCUCUCACUUUUCCAUGCACAGCUGGCAUAUUGUAUUGUACAGUUCUUAGAGAAAGACCCUGCAUUAACAGAACCAGUUAUCAGAGGUCUGCUGAAAUUCUGGCCUAAAACCUGCAGUCAGAAAGAGGUCAUGUACCUAGGAGAGUUGGAGGAGAUUCUGGAUGUGAUUGAGCCUACGCAGUUUGUGAAGAUACAGGAGCCUCUCUUCAAACAGAUCUCCAAAUGUGUCUCCAGCCCUCAUUUUCAGGUGGCUGAGAGAGCUCUGUACUACUGGAAUAACGAGUACAUCAUGAGUCUGAUUGAGGAGAACUCUAAUGUGAUUCUUCCUAUAAUGUUCACAAGUCUGUACCGUAUCUCCAAAGAACACUGGAACCCGGCCAUUGUAGCUUUAGUCUAUAAUGUUCUGAAGGCCUUCAUGGAAAUGAACAGCCCUUUGUUUGAUGAACUCACGUCUACUUACAAGUCAGAUCGUCAGAGAGAGAAGAAAAAAGAGAAGGAGAGAGAGGAGCUGUGGAAGAGGUUGGAGGAUCUGGAGUUAAAGAAAAGCCUCCAGAGCGACGGAAUUAUUCCCACUUAACGACGCGCCUUUCCCGGACCGCUUUUUCCCAACGCCUCCAACACGCGCUCGGAACGUUGGCCACAUUUUUUCCUUUCUGUAUUUGUGCGACUUACUUUACGGUAGAUUCACCUCGUCAGUCUCAUAAUUUCAAAAGCACUGUAAAUAACUUUAUUUUAUCUUCUUUUUUUCCCCCUUAAAAAUAUAAUGCCCAAAAACAACAUGACUAGAAAAGGAAAUUAAACAAUUAAAAUAAGGAAAAAAACAAGAGAAACCCGCACUGGAGGUGUAAGGACUUUGAACAGACAGUAGGACUGAAAUAAAUGACUGCUGUUAAGAAAAUCAAACAAACAACCAGAGAAUCUCAUCCCACUGAUCUGACAUACCUCGGCCAUCCUUACUGAACAACACCAGCCCAAUUCUCUCUCAUUAUCCUCACCUGCCCCCUUCUCUAUGUACCUUUCUCUUCCCCGCUAUUUCUUUUCUUCCUCAUGUUUCUGAAUUGGCUCAACAUUCGCCACCUGUGUGUCCUUAAUAUCUGAAAGCAGAGUAGUCUGCCCUUGACCUCUGAUUAUUUGUUAACAUCUGGAUAAAUGCAGUGGGUCUGGACACCUUAAGGAGACGCAAAAGGACACUAAGCAGUAACCAGCAAAGAAGAGGAAGUCAUAAAUACACACCAGCUCUUGUUUUUCCACCCUUUUCGUUCUUUUUUUGUCCAAAUGUGCCGCCCGAUACACUCAUUUGGACUCUUUAGCACCAGUCCGGUACUGGUACCAGUAAAUGGGACACACAAACACACACACACACAUCAGAGCGGGUGUCCAGAAUUCCAGCAGCAAAACCGGAGAUGCUUGUCAUGAGAAAUCGAACUGCACGUGCACACACACAUUCUGCAUUCGAGUGUGUGAGGAGUUUGUUACAGUGUUAAGUACCUGUAUACUGUAUCUGAAUGCAGUACUUAGAUACUCUGUAUCUAGUAGAACCUUUAGCGUAUUUUUCUUUAGGAGAAUCCAGUAUAUGAUGAGGAAAGAUUGAACACCACCUCUUGGAAUUUUUUUUUCUCUUCCUUUCUUGGGUUUCACUUAUAAUUUGUUUUGGGUUUAUUUUAUUUUUUUGUCUGGAAUUGGUUUUGUUUUUUGUUUUUUUGACCAAGUGGAAUUUGUUCUUCCUUUUUUUUUUUUUUUUACUUAGUUGCUGAUUUGGGGGGAGUGAGAGGGGGACUGUGGAGGACUGAUGCUGUGGAGCUUUGUCAGAAUUAAACCUGUGCUUUAGAAAGCCCCAGAAAUCAAACGAUUAUAAAAGCUGAAAGGGUUGGAUAAAUGCAAAUGUUUAAUUAUUUUAAAAAAUAAAGAGAUAUUAAAUUAAA